AUGGUACAAAAGCUGCCAGAAACACCGAUAAAGCGUGAACGAAACGAGGAACAUAUUCCCUGCAUCGACGGUGAAGGAGUUUACCGUAAGACGCUGCCCGUACCGCCGCUAACCCAUCCUUCAAAACGCUGGUCCGAUUCGUUACCACCCAAUGAGCGUGUUUUCUAUCAUCAAACGUUAAGUUCAGCAAGACGCGCGGCACACUUCGUCAAUCAUGGAAACAUUCCCGUAGAUUCGCUGGAUAUAACACUUGCCGCUCAGUACAACCAUUCGGAUGAUUUGUUCCUCGGCAAGAACGAUGUCGUACUGCAGGACGAAACGCUGGGCCGAAGCACCUUCCGGCGGUUGCGGAAUACGCGCGAUUUAAGUCCCGAGAAGAUUAUCCCAUUGAAGCACCCGCUGCUGAUUGGAGGAUUGAGAGAAAAGGCAUCACCUAAUAGUGUCAAAUUGAUGAAUACUGGACCUCAUACACCGUUAACGAAUCCAGGCUAUUCCCGUCAGUCGGGAGAUGGAAAUUUCUUCAAUUAUUAA